CAGAAAUAUAUCGGCAGCCAUUUUGAUGGAAGACAUUUGCAAUUAUCUUGAAAUAGAAUUAGAAGGAACAAAAUAAUCAACAUUACCAACACAAUGUGAAGAGUUCACAGAAAGUUUCAACUCCCUCCGUUUUGGAGAUAAUGUAUGAAGGCAAAAACAUUCACUAUACAUCUGGAGCUGAUCACAAACCCUUAUGUUCAUUUAGUGCCAAAGUAUGUAAUCAGCACCGCCUCAAUGGAUAUGGCUUUUGUGUACGCCACAUUUUGGAGGACCCCACAGCACCAUUUAGGCGAUGUGCAUAUGUGGCCAAGUCCAGUAAACAAAUGUGUACCCAGGCAAUUCCUCUGCAUGAAAAACGAGAAUAUUGCAACAAUCACAUGCAAGUCUUGGGAAUGCUACCAAAGAAAGAAAAGAAACAAAAGCCCCCAAAACAACCCACAGUGCAGCAGAUGCCCAUGGUCCCAAGAGAAAAGUUACCUUUCAAGGAUAGAGUGUCCAGAUUCAACUCGAGCAAAAUCAACUGUGCCCCUCCUGGAAAUGAUCUCAGAAGAUUAAGUAAUGUUUUAAAAAGUGAUGUGUUUAAUGUAGAGACAGAGGAUGUAGAUGAUCCGUACGCUUUUCCUGAUCCCGGUGGUGAGGAGAAAACCAAAACAACAGUGAAUACUAUUCUUCCCUCAUCUAGUCCCUAUCAUGAGGCCCCUCUCUCAGUUGGAUCUCAGGGUUCACAUGGUUCAAAGUCCCCGGGAGAUGGGGGAAUGGGAGUGUCCUCCAUUGCCAAACUCUACCCAGAGCUUGCUGAAAAACUGGAAAAAAUUAAACCCAAGUUUGAUACUGGAAACAAAAGCAAAGAGAAGGGAAAGGCCAAAAGCUCUCGAACAAUGAACAGACUACAAACCAAAAUUGCUCAGAACAGAAUCAAAGACAAGUUAAAACGAAACCAAGAAUCAAAUUCUCAGUCACAAUCUCCUUGUUACAACUUUAAUAGUUCAUCCUCAUUAAGUGCUGUUAACCAUUAUAACUUCAUUGACAGAACAGUGCCAAGUAGCUCCACUGAAACUUCACCUUGUCAGCAAACACCAGGAAUUCUGAAUUCUAUUAGUCAUAAAAGAAAUUCUCUUCCUGUAUAUAUAAUGCCACAGAGUGUGAAUGGUCUCCCGGAAUCAACAACAAAUUUCAAUCUUCCAGGCCACGGAUUUCUUCCUCAAGGAAUCCCCCAUGGAAUGCCAUUGGAAUUACUACCUGGAAUGCCCAACUCGGUGCCAAAACUACCAAAAGAUUUUAUCAGCUCUGAGAUGGUAAUGGGACUAAAUAGUUUUCCAAUUCCGCCGCAAGAACAAAUUCAAAAUCAUGUGGGAUCAACAUCUCUACCUCUCAGUAAUACUGUUGCUCAUCUGUCCACACAAAAUUCUGUGAAAAACAAGGUUUCUCCUUUGGGAGGUGAAACACCAAAGCAGAAAAACAUUCAGGAAAAUGAAAAGUUUAAUACAAUGAUACCAAGUAAACAGCAGCCCCCGCCUGUUCCCCCUCCCCCUUCCUACUCACAGUCAGUAGCCUUAGGAUAUCCUCCCUCUGUCACCUCAUUGACCUCAAUGCCAGAAAUUAAGGUGGAACCCAAACCUGUGUUAGGGGCACCUCAGGAGGAUAUUCCCCCACCGCCACCAUACGAAAGUAAGCCUGUGAAAAAUACCAAGUCCAAGAAUUCUACACAAAGUCUGUAUGGCUCCAAUGUGAUAAAAGAUCUCCCUAAAAAAGAUAUUACACGACCUCACAAAUUUAAGAUGGAAAGUGAUAGCAGUGCUGUACUGAAGAAAAAGUUCAAGAAGGAUAUGGAAGUCCUGGACUAUUACCAGGAUGUUGUGAAACAAAAGAGAGAAAACCACGAUCUUGUUGGUGCAGGCUUUGAUUUUUCUGAUGACACCAGUGACUCUGACAGUGAUGAUGUAGUGUCAUGGCAACCUGACUGGUUCUCCCCCUCUUCAGACGAGGAAAUGCCGGAGGAUGAGGAGGAGGCUGCAGAUAUUCUUAGAACGACCAAACUCGCAUUGUUGAGGGCGCGUUUACGACGGAGAUGUUUCCAGUAUAGAAAGUCUCACAAGUCCAAUAACAGACAACAACUUUCUAAAAAUGAAACCACGCUUGCCCUUGUUAAAGCCUCUAAAGAGGGACCCAAGGCAACAGUAUCAGUUGUCAAGGAAAUGAUGCAUCAGCAAAAUAAGACAGUUGACAGGGUUAAGAAGCGGAGGCUUGAGAGGCGGCAAUGUAGCUACAAGUCUGAGAAAGAGGAGCAGUGUAAAAACCCUGUCCUUCCAUACACAAACCAUUGUCUGUCUCAUAUAAUGUACAACGUUGACCAGCAGCUGUUUGAUUACUGCACUGCUAAGUUUGCUGACAACACUCAGUGCUGUACUCCAGUCUUUGAUAUUCGCCACGAGCUGCCCCUUUGUAUGGAGCAUGCGAUGAAAGCGGAUAACUACUCAAAAGACCAGGAUUCUGAAUCCAAACAGAAGCGAGCCAGGAAGAAGACCAAGCCUUCAGCCCUGACUAGACCACCUCGCAAAGGGAAGAAGAAGAAGAACGCACGUAAACCACCCCGCCCACAGAAACCCUCCCCUCCCAGCGAGCCAACAGGAAUAACAGGAAUGCCAGUAUCCGCCACAACGACAGUGACUGUCAAAGAAUCUCCUCCCCCUCCCACGCCCAGUAGUGCAGGGGUUACUAGUCAGUACACCACCCCACAGCCCGAGGAAUCUAUCAAAAACACUGUGUCUCCCGUGACUGUACCCCCCAAACCUCAGAACAGUCCCCCAGUGGCAGCCGUAGGAGGGGUUCAAGUGACCAGCAGGCAGGAGAAGAAUUCCUUGUCUGAACUAUCCGAGAACAUGUUGGGUGGAGUCGAUAACUUUAACACAGAAUUACCAUUGGAGCAAGCCUCAAAACUGCUUGAAGAACCAGAUUUUCAGGAUGUAUUCAACAAACUCCCAGAUGAAGCAUUUAAUUUAUUCGGUAAAAAUGGAGACUUCAAUCCUACAAGUGAAGAAUUUGAAGAACUUGAAAGGCAUCUGGCAGCUGCUAAUAUGGAUGUAUCCAAUGCUCAAAAGACGCUGGAAACAUUUGAUCUGGAUUUGGAUGAAGAGCAACUAAAACAGAUUUUAUUUGGUUCUAAUACAAGCACAUCAAAUAGUGGAACACUAGGAGGAAUGAUUAAUGGGGAGGACCAAGAAAGUAUCAACGCAAUUGCUCGAAGUCUGUCAGCCUCUGAGCAGUUGUUGCCGAAGACAACAACUUUAUCGGAAACCAAUAUUCCAUUUACUGGUGCUAAUAUGAACUCCUUUCCCUAUUCCCAAAUACCUGGUCAGGUUGUGACUCCUCCAAACAAAGUGGUCACUCAAAACAGUGUGAUGUACUCCAACAAUUCACAGUACUCUCAGUUUCAGACACCUCCUAGCUAUGCUGCGAGUCAUAUAGUGAACAAUCCCCCUGCGUAUGCUGUGAGUCAGGCAUUAGUGAAUCAGACUCCCCCUAGUUAUGUUAGUCAAGCGAUGGUCCAUCACACACAGCAGCCUAGUUAUGGUGCCGGUCAAGGAUUGCCCAGUCAUUCGUAUCCUCAGCAUAUUGCCUUGCAAUCCUCACAAAUUCGACCAAUGGGAAGCCAAUCAAACAUGUCAGGAGUUAUGCAGGCAGUUUCCACAGCCUCAGAUUUAAAACUACAAUCCAAAAUAGAUUCACAACAAAAUGCUACGCCGAUGAAGGUGGUGCUAAACCAGUUACCAGAGCUCAGUAACAAGACUUCGACUUUACCGGUUUCCAUGCAGGGGUCUCUACCACUGCCUCAAACUCCUUGGCCAAUUACUUCUGGGCAGGUCCCUCCCUUUCAAAAUGGCUAUCCUGUGCAUGGAAUGUAUCUUCAGGGAACAAAUGAUAUGAUGACAAACUUGAAAUAUAACAUGAAUGCUCAACACACAGAACAUGUGAGCCAGGUGGGUGAAGGAAGUGCACCCCCACAUCACGUGACUCUCCCUCCCGCGGGAAGCUUGCAGGGGAUUCCUGGCUUUAGUCACCAGCAGUUUGUAAAGUCAUUUACGGCCUCCAGUGGCAAGGGCUCAUGACAAUAGGAGGAUUUUAGUUUUUUUCACAUUUUUGGCAAAUGAAACAUGUUUGUUAAUAUUAGUGCAGUCUUUUUUUUUUAAUGAACGAUAAAGAAUAUUUUUAAAGUUUAUAUUUUUCCAUUGAAAUAUUUUUUGUUCCUGAAAGAAUGGUAAUCUUUUCGUUCUGUUGAGUUUAACAUGUAAGAUGUGUUACAGAAAAGAUCUGACUGUUUGUGAUAUUGUUUUUAUAGUAACGUGUUGUAGCAAUGGAUGUAUAUAAUGUGAUUUCAUUGUUCGUGCCAUUCCAUAGAUUUCAUAGUUUUAUAUACCAUAUUCCCUCAUCUUUGUAUGUUUAGUCAUAGAUUUUUUUUAUACACUGUUUUGAAUUUGAACACAAAAAGUUUAGGACAUAAUAAUACUAAUAUUAACAGAUGUUCAUUUUAUAGAUGUAACAUGUAAAAUUGUUUUGUUUGUAGUAUUAGGACUGCAUGAGUGAGAAAGGGUUAAUUGGUUGUUUUCUGUUUUUUCUAACUGCAAAUUGCUCUGAAUGUCAUUUCAAAGAUUAAUGUGUGAUUGAUGUGCAACCUAUCUCAUAUAGCUGUUGGGUACUAUGUACUUUGAUUUUAACCACUCGUUAUAGCAUCAGUUCCACAUUUUUCAAAAGCAUCUCAGUUUUCAAUGUCACUUGCUGCAGAAAUAUGUUGCUGAUUAAGUUUUUAUCUGCUAAAUAAAUCACAAGGGAAUCUAUUUUUGCAAUGAUGACCCGCAAGUGAUUUUUUUUUGUUUUUUUUUGUUUAAUGAAGUACAUGUACUAUUAUAACAGUUAUUUCAGGGUCGAAAAGUGUGUGAAAGUCUUCAAUAUAUAUAGUAUCCCUGUUCUGUUUGUAUUGGUGGAAUUGAGUGUCUUGUGGAUUUUGUCGUGUUAUGUUAUGGGUUUUUUUUUCUCUGGCAAUUGGGAAGUUUGUGGAUGAAGACAAAAAAUUGGGUCAUUGAUACAGGGAUUUUAACUUAAAAACCAAUAUUUACUCACCUAUAGCAGUAUCUCUAGCUUAUUUAUAUAUAUAUUUAAUUGACUAAAUAGAGGCAGCUCUGUGUUAUGGUUGUAAUAUUGAUUAUUAUCUAGUAUUUAUGGCCUAGGUAGGGGAGAACUCAUCUACCAUCAUAUUUCACCUGUGUGAUGAAUGUACUUCGUACAGCUGUUUGCAUUGUUUUGUAUCUUUAUAAUUUUGGAGAGAGAGGGAGAGAGAGAGAGAAGGACUCAUAAGAAUAUAUUUUGUUAUAAUGAUAUGUACCGGUAUAUGCAUGUACAGUGUACAUGUAUUCAGUAAUAGAUAAGGUAGAUUUUUUAAAUUUUGCUUAACUAUUUUUGUGCAAUGCUUUGCACAUCUCCCUUCCUCUCUCAUAAAGUAUCAAAGAUCACUUCACUUUAACUUCAUACAGAAAUAAUUGUACAGAGGAAAUCUGCUUGUAUAUUUGUAUCAUGUGUAUUUACAGGGGCUCAUUAUUAUUGAACUUGCACCUGCAAUACACUGUAAACACACACAAUUUCAAAAGGUAGCCCCAAAAAUCCAAAGUAUGAAAUGAAUUCUUUUUUUUAAGUUUUACUUACAUCUUUAUAGUAAUCAAAAUUGUUCAAAUUACUGCUAUAAGAAAGUCAUACAUUAUAAUGAUUUCAUUUUUAGUUGAUAAUUAUUAACACAAAUAUCGUGCGUAUACUGUAUAGAAGUAGACUUCAUCAAUUCUUAAAUUUUUUUUUUUAAAUUUUGCUUUUUUUGCACCAUGGUCUUCAUAAGUUACUUGCAUAAUACCGUACAGCAGUCCAAUGAUUGUGUUUCCUGUAGUGAUUGGUGUGCAAUUUUUCCCCCAAUAAUAUUUCUUAUUAAAUUCAUCAUGUCGAUUUUGCAAAUACAAGGAAAGAUGUAUUGCCUUUUGACACUUUAUUUUUCAGAAAGCAAAAACAUUAAUAUUUUUACCUCCAAAUUACAUGUAUAAUGUUUAAAGUGUAUUGAUAAGCUAAGAUAAUUUUAUGUUAUGGUCUCUAUAGGUACUUCAGUAAAGCGCCAAAGUACAAACUUUUAUACUUCCUUACCAAUUGGAUAUUGGUUAGAGAGCGAGAACUGGGUGCAUUUCAUACACUUGACAGUACAUGUAGUAAUUAAUUUAGGAGGGAAAUAUCUUUUAGAUUUGUAUGUUAAAAAAAUCUGUUUCAAUUUUGUUUUUGCUUCUUGCAUAUUUUUUUUUUUAAUGGAGUGCAAUAGUCAAUUCUUAUACCAGCUAUUUCAAGUAAGAAAACACUGUUAAUUGCCUUUAUCUCAAAAAAUGGGUGCAUGUCUUGUUUUUGUUUUGAUGUUUUUUCCUCUUGACUUUUUUGGGGCUCUUUACUGUUAUUUUUGCUGUGCAAAAUAUGCCGAACCAAUAAGGUAAUCUUUUCCACUGAAACAAUGUACAUUUUAAAACAAAUUUAUCCAAUCUCUUACAAGCAUUUUGAAAAUUCUGUACACUCUCUCUAUUCUCCCACAUACAAUGGUAAAUCUUCACCUUUACUGGCAUCACCAGACUUUAUAAGGCUUAAAUUGACUCAAAUGUAAUCCUUUUUAACAAAAAUAUAUUGAAUUUUGUCAAUUACUAAUAUUUUCACUAGAUUUGUUUUAGUUUUUUAUAAUAUAUUGAUACAUGGGAAUUUGCAAUCGGUUCAUUAGUGAGGUUAUCUUGUUUAACUUUUUUAAGAAGUAAAAACUGAGGCAUGUUAUUUAACCUCCAAUUGUUCUAGCUGCAUCAUGUCUUAUAUUCCAACACUGUAAUAUAAGUAAGCUCUUGUCUCACAGUGUGCUGUAUCUGCUAUAGAAAAGAUUGUGUGUACAUAUCAUUGUUAAAUUUUUACAUACAAGAAAAUCAUGAAAAGUGUAAUUCUGAAGAGCAGGCUUAUCCCCCUCAUCCAUUAAAAGCCAAGGAGGAACCUUGUAUUGUCAUUUUGUGAUCUGAUUUCUUUCAUAUGAAGAUGUAGAGUAAUGUAUGGUAUACAUAUUUUGUGUAAAUGUUUACUUUCUUAUGAGUGAGAAUGUUCUUGUUUUAUUAAAGUUGUUAUGAAGUUGUUGUAAUUAUAUAAAUUAUAACAUUAUUGUGUUCAAAACAUGACCUAAAAAUCUAAAUAACAACUCUGAAUAUAA